AUGAUGGCAUCAGUAUUCCCGCCACCACCCGUCGAUACCAUUGACUGGAAUAAUGUCGGGUUCAAAGUUCGUGAAGUCAAUGGUCAUAUCGAAUCGCACUUCAGCUACUCUGGUGGCGGCGCCUGGUUGGAACCCAAAUUCGUCGCAUCUCCGCAUCUCCAAAUCCACGGCAUGGCACCUGCCUUGAACUACGGCCAACAAGCCUACGAAGGGAUGAAAGCCUUCCGCUCCCCUGACAAUAAGACCGUCACGAUUUUCCGACCGAACCGUAAUGCAAUCCGCAUGCAACACUCCGCCGAUUUUGUCUCUAUGCCACGUAUACCAGAAGAACAUUUUAUGAAAUGCGUCAAUUUGGCAGUUGCUGCGAACGCCGAGUUUGUGCCUCCGCACGAAACCGGAGCCGCAAUGUACAUCCGUCCUUUGAUGUUCGGAUCUGGUGCUCAAUUGGGUUUGAACCCACCGGAUGAAUAUACGUUCGUCGUGUUCGUUAUGCCGACCGGUGUCUAUCAUGGCGUACACGCCGUCGACGCUCUGAUUCUGGAAGACUUUGACCGCUCCGCACCUGAGGGAACCGGCUCUGCUAAAGUCGGUGGAAACUACGCUCCUGUUCUUCGACACUCUCAACGCGCAUACGCCGAGAAAUACGGAAUCACAUUACACCUUGACAGCAAGACUCGCUCUGAGAUUGAUGAAUUCUCAACCUCGGCAUUCAUCGGUGUGCGCAAGAACCCCGUCGACAAAGAUGACGUGACGAUCGUUGUUCCCGAUAGCAAAAACGUUAUUGACUCUGUCACGGCAGCAUCAGUCUACGAACUGGCCUCUAAAGCGCUUGGAUAUAAAGUCGAAAAACGUCGAAUCCCAUAUGAAGAAAUACGAGAAUUCGAUGAAGUAUUUGCGGCUGGAACAGCUGCUGCAUUGGUGCCGAUCAAAUCGAUCACCAUGAAAUCUCGAAAUGAUAAAUUUAUGUUCGACGUGGGUAGCGAUGAAAGCGGCGGUGAGGUCUGUGCGAAGCUUUUAAAGAUGUUGAAGGGCAUUCAGAAUGGGACGGCGGAAGAUAAGUUUGGCUGGAAUUUUGUGGUGACGGAGCCCCCAAAGGGAUUUGUUGAGGGUGUUGGUGCUGAACAAGACGCAAAUGGCGUGAAUAUUCCCUAA